AUGUUCGGCACUCUGCACUACGACCGCGGCAGCAAGCACAUCGAAUUCAUUGAUCGGACGGAAGGAUUCCUGAAUGGCGAUGUGGCCGUCGAGCGGACAGCCUGCGACACGUGCAGGGCCAAGAAGGACCAGCACGAAGCAGAGCAGCAAACGCAGCAGAGUGUCCUAGAAGCCGUUAUCAGCGACGCCGUAACUCCCACAACAACCGGGUCAAGCAUAAUACUAACACCAUCAACUUACACUUCACCGCUAUUCGGGUUCCCAUCCACGGUCCCUGAUUCCGAGAGCCUCGAUCUGCUCUUCGGUAACGACUUCCUCCCCGACCUGCUGCUCGCCAGCUCGCCCACUCAGCGAGACGCGCUUGGCCCCUCUACUAGCCCGGAAAUGCUUGCAUCGGCGCUGCUGCCAUCGGUGGCCAUAAGCAGCCCCGUUUGCGGCUGCCUGGCCACAUUGGUUGAGCUGCUCGAGGAGCUUGACACCCCGGCACGCCCCACGCUCGACGCCGCCUUGGCGUCGCACAAGCUGUUCCUUAAGCGCGCACUACGGGUACUGCACUGCAGCAGUUGCCACUCCCGCUCCGAGCACCUGGUGCUGCUGACGCGCGUGUGCGAUAAGCUGGUCCGCCUGUGUGAGCGUAUCGUGCUAUCGUAUCUGCAAGCCGACUCAUCCUCCAUGACAUUGACGUCUUCCUCGCCGCCGACUCCCGAUUAUUUUCCCUAUCCGCCGACCGAGUCGUUGUUCCUGGGGUGCUACGAAACCGACGCUUCCGAGUGGGGUUCUUUGGUCUGUGUUAUCCUCUCGCUGCAGCUACGCAGUCUCGGCAGCCUGCUGGCUGGCGUAAGGCGUUCCGCAUCGUUAGCGCAGCAGCCACGCCUGCAGCAGGCUGAGGCUAAACUCCGUCUCCUCGUUGACAGGCUCCAGGCGAGAGUUCGGCUUAUUCCCGAGGACCUGUACGUAACUUAA